GGCUGGGGCUGUCCAGUGCGCCGGUCAAGCUGGACGCAAUCACGGCGCGCGACAAACAAUUGAAUGAAGACAACUGCGGUGGCGGCGGCAGCGACGACGAUGGCGACGUCGACAACGCGGCGCUUAAAUAAACCCCUCAAAAAAGCAUAGAUCAGUAAAGAAAAGGAGAUGGCGUCAGCGGCAGAGUUGCUUGCCGCCGCGCUGCUCAUCUCGACGGUGUCCGCCUCUUGGCAUGGCGCUGUCUCCACACAGUACCAGCAUCUGGACCCUCAUAGCCAUACCUAUUCGUACGGUUAUGCUGAUCCCAACUCACAGAAGCACGAGACUCGUGCUCAUGAUGGUACUACGCGCGGCUCCUAUUCCUAUGUCGAUGGACACGGCCAUCUGCAGUCCGUAGCGUACACAGCAGAUCCGCAUCAUGGCUUCAAUGCCGUUGGCACCAACCUGCCACAAGCUCCAGCCGUGCACCAUGCUGCUCCCGUUUAUGCCGCCGCUCAUUCCGCCUACGUGCCAUACGCUCAUCAUGCGCACGGCAUACACAUCCCGGUGCUGACCCACGAUGGCGUGCCCGUAGACACACCCGAAGUGCAACACGCCAAGGCUGCCCACGCUGCUGCCCAUGCAGCUGCUGCUCACAAUGCUGGCGCCCAUCAUCUGUACAAGCGUUCGAUCUAUGGCGGUGCUUGGGCCUACGGUGGUGCUCCUGCUCACGUGCCACUCACCCAUGGUGGCGUCCCAGUCGAUACUCCCGAUGUACAGGCUGCCAAGGCCGAACACUAUGCUGCCCAUGCCAAGGCUCUGGGUCAAGUGGCUCAUGCUCAUGGCGCUCCCGUCGAAACUCCUGAGGUGCAACACGCCAAGGCCGCCCACUUUGCCGCCCAUGCUGCUGCUCGCUCUGGCCAUGCCAUCGCUCCCAUUGCCCACGGUGGCUACCAUGUGCCUGUCAUCCACAAUGGAGUGCCCGUCGAUACGCCCGAAGUACAGCACGCCAAGGCCGCUCACUAUGCCGCUCUUUCUCAGGCCUCUGCGCACGGCAGCUCGCACAGCUCCUGGGAUGAUGGUCACUAUGAUGGCCGUUGGGACGCCAGCCACGACAGCCACGCCCAGAGCUAUGCCACCGGCUAUGCGCAUAAGGGUCCCAUCCACAUCCCGGUCAUCCACAACGGUGUGCCCGUGGAGCCCGCAGAGGUGCAGCAUGCGCGCGCCGCUCAUCUGAGCGCCCUGGCAGCGGCCAGUCACGGCGGCGCCUCCCACGGCGGAUACUACGGCGGCUCUGCCCAUGAGGACGAUGGCCAGUACCAUGCGCACUACAACCACUAUUAAGUCGAGGAUCUGCCGGAGUCUGCCAUUAACCACAACGAUAACGACGAACAUUCCUACAUAAUCUGCCCGAUAUACUUCUGUUUCACUCUAACGACUACCGAAGCAAGCUAAUGCUUACGCACUUGUCUCUUUCACGCUGCCUAUCUGCAACUACAUAUCUGCAUCUCUGUCUGACACACACUUGAACGGUUAACGACUACACACGGGAGAUUUGAGCUGCUGUCUCACUUGCCCGCUACCCACUCUGACGCCCCAAGUAGAGCCUGAUAUCUUCUUUAACUUUCGAAUUAUCAAUAAUUAUUUUCAACUCUUUUUCUCUAUCUAUAUUUCUAUCUCAUUCUUGCCCACUCUUAACUGUCACUAUCAGACUUGCUCAUUCUCUAGUUGUGCUCUUUCCACUUUCUUUUCUUCUAUAACCGCCCGACUUAUUCUUGAUUCGAGCAACGCUAAACGAGUAUGUUGUAAAUAAUUGUUGUAAUUUUCAAUGUAUCUUGCACUAGAUAUGUAUCUAUAUAU